CGCAACUCGGUGCGCGACGUUCGUACUCGGAGGGCACUGUGCGCGUCCCCUUGUCCGGGCUUCGUUCAUAUCAUAAGUGCGAAGGAGACAAACGCCACGUGAAAGAGCGAGAAACGCAUGAAAGAGACUGCGCUAUGGCAGUGUCGCAACCUCGCCCACCUGACCGUGUUGACGCCGCGCUCGAAAAAGUUGCGCCGCUGCGCUAUUUGAAGGCGCACGAAUGUGCUCGCACGGAGCGUGUCGUGACGCGCUUUUAUCUUAAUCCCUUGUCUUUAAAAAACAGUUUAUUGAGUCUAAAGAGGAAAUUUGCUCGUGUUAUUGAAGAAAACGAAGUUCUUACGCAGCCAAUUCAACGGUGAACGUGGAAUGGGCUUGUAAGCCAUGAUGAAACGCACCGCCGUUACGCGGCUCGGGCCGGACGAGCCCGCCGCCAUGACGUCGCAACCAGCACAGAUCCAGCAAGCUGGAGCAAGCAACAUGCACACUUUGGCGCAAUCGGCACAGCCGCAACAGAUUCUUGGUGCGACGGCGAUGCUGUCCGUAGGCGGUGUUGGGGUUGGAGUCGGCGUGGGUGGGUUUGGUAGACCUGCCCCGCGCGCCGCGCCGCCCGUCAUCAACUACCUGAAGGCGGGCGCCGUGCAGUACGCCGCGCCCAAGCAGCCCCCCGUGCCGCCUAGGCUCAAGACAAAUGUUGAGCCUCCGUACCCGCAAUUAUUCGAGCACCAGCCCCACCAGCCGCACCACGGGCCCGGGGGCUCCAGGGCUUCGCCCCCGCCGCCCGGCGCGCAGUUCCAGCGCCUCAAGGUCGAAGACGCGCUGUCUUAUCUCGACCAAGUCAAAUACAAGUUUAACACGCAACCGCAAGUCUACAACGACUUUCUGGAUAUCAUGAAGGAGUUCAAGAGUCAGACCAUCGAUACACCGGGCGUGAUCACACGGGUUUCGAACCUGUUCAAAGGGCAUCCAGAGCUGAUAGUCGGCUUCAACACCUUCCUACCGCCGGGGUAUAAGAUCGAAGUGCAGAGCAAUGGACAGGUUUCCGUAUCCAUGCCCUCUCCGGGCGGGCUGACUGCGGGCGGGGGAGCCCCCGUACUGUUGGGAGUACCUCCACCGCAACCGCAUCUCGUGCAGUUGCUGCCAGUACCGCAUCAGUCCGUUAGCAGUGCUAUAGUACACAAUCUGUCCGUGUCUGCAACACCGGCUAACACUUUGCAUCACAUUUCGCAAGCUCAUCAGCAAAUUGAGGCUGCCUCAAUACACCACAGUGGUGGUACUGUACCCGCUACCUCUGGGAAUUGCCCUCACUCGGCUACUGCUCCACCAGGGCAGCCUGUAGAAUUCAACCAUGCCAUAGAAUACGUCAACAAGAUAAAGUCCCGUUUCUCGCGUCAACCGGACAAAUACAAGCGUUUCCUUGAGAUCCUGCACGCCUACCAGCGCGGACACCGCGACUGCAAGGAGCCCCAGGCAAAGCAGCAGACCGAGCAAGAGGUCUACUCCCAGGUGGCGAAAUUGUUUGAGAACCAAGACGAUUUGCUGGCUGAGUUUGGUCAGUUCCUGCCUGAUGCUAAAGCCGUCACCAAACCGACGCAUUACCCUCACGUUAGGACUCCGCCCCCUGCACAGCAACGCGUGGAAGGAGAGCCGGAACUCACCGCUUCCCCGCCUCUCACGCCUCACGCCACUCUCACGCAUCUACAUACUCAGCCGGCGCCAAAGCACCCGGCAGUAAGCGUCCCGCCACCUCAACAUCUAAAACGGUCGCCCAGCUUCUCGUCUUCAAAUCAAAUACCGUCAGGCGCGCCCCCAGCGAAGAAAUGCCGCGUCUCCGGUCUAUCGGGGGCUGCGGUACGCGAGGUUUCGUACGCGGAAGCGGCCAAAUAUGCUACCCAUCACGACUACAGCUUCUUCGAUCGAGCCAGGAAGGCGCUGCGAUCACAACAAGUCUACGACAACUUCCUCAGAUGCCUGCUCCUGUUCACGAACGAGAUAAUCUCUUCAUCGGAGCUGGUGAUGGUGACGAGUCCGUUCCUGGCGCGGCACCCCGACCUGCAGCGCUGGCUGCGGGACUUUCUGGGCCCGUGUGCUACACCCGCACCAGUCCCCGGCUACAACAACAGCAGUUUUCCCAGCGCGAACAGCUUGCUAAGCUUCGACCGCGAACGCGAACGUUCGCGCGAAAGCGAGCGAACAUUGGACAAGAACGUUCGCUACGAACCUCUGGGGCCUUUGGGGGCGCAACUAAGACACGAUAGGCCGCAAGGAGAUGCCGCUAUGGAUAUAGAUUUGUCUACGUGCAAACGUUUGGGCACCUCUUACUGUGCGCUGCCGAGAGACGCGGCGGCCAGGAGAUGCUCCGGACGCACUCCGCUAUGCAAAGAGGUAUUGAAUGACACGUGGGUGUCUUUCCCUACGUGGAGUGAGGACUCUACGUUCGUCACAUCACGCAAGACACAAUACGAAGAGUACAUUUACAGAUGUGAAGAUGAACGUUUUGAGUUGGACGUAGUGAUCGAGACGAACGCGUCAACAAUCCGCGUGCUAGAAGGUGUUCAGAAGAAACUAUCGCGAAUGUCCGCGGACGAAGCGGCGCGAUACCGCCUCGACGAGUGCCUGGGGGGAAGCUCUCCCACCAUUCAUCAAAGGGCGCUGCGCCGGAUAUACGGCGAGAAGGUGGCGGUGGAUAUAAUAGCUGGAUUGAAGAAGAACCCUGUUGUGGCUGUGCCUGUUGUACUGAGGAGGCUCAAAGCUAAGGAGGAAGAAUGGCGGGAGGCGCAAAAGGGUUUCAACAAGCAGUGGCGUGAACAGAACGAGAAAUACUACCUGAAGUCUCUAGACCAUCAAGGCAUUAAUUUCAAACAGAACGACUUGAAGGCGAUGCGGUCGAAAUCACUGUUCAAUGAAGUAGAAAGCGCUUACGCAGCUCGCCGGCCGCCGCCGCAUCUCGUGGUGGAUUAUGAUAUGCAUUCAAGGCAGGAAGCUAUAAAAAUACUGAGAGACUGCACGGAGUUGCUGAUCCACCACGCCAGAAGGCAGACGGCCAUUCAGAAAGCGGAGAAGAGAAGGAUCAAGCAGUUGCUGCGACAAUUCCUGCCGGAUCUAUUCAACCAUCCACGGCAACCGUUGUCGGACGACGAGAGAGACGAAGAGGAGAAGGAAGAGCCACCCAGUCCGGGCAGCCCCACUGAACCUGGAGAAGACUCUAAACCCAACAAUGCCGCUGUCAAACAGGAGAAGCCAGAGUCGUCGGAGUCUGACAACGCAUCGGACAAGAGCAGCAGAAACAACAAGAACGACAAGGAGAACAAACCCAAGAACAAUAACAAUACCGAUGUCAAAGAGUGCGUGAAUGUAGCGAACAGUUUGAAGAGAAGUUGUAGCGAUGAAAUGAAAGACCUUAAGAGCGAAGACUUUGACGAUGAUUACAGAGAUCACCCGCCCAAUGAGGCCCGUUUCGUAUGCACAUCUUCUUGGUACCUAUUUCUGCGUCUACACGGCGUUCUCUGCCAGCGACUGGCGGCCGCCAGAAGAACCGCAUUGUCUCUAGAGCCAGACCAUCGCCAUACUGCCGUCGCAACCGCCCUCAGACUGAAGCCUAACAACUUGCCGGCCGAAGUGUCAUCGCCCUCGGAAUACUACGGCGCUUUACUAGAACUAGUGAAGGGUGUAUUGGACGGGAAUACAGAACCGACCGCGUACGAAGACGCGGCCAGAGAGAUGCUAGGAAUAAGAGCUUAUCCCGCGUAUACGUUAGACAAACUGGUCUCGCAUUGCGUUCGACAGCUGCAGCACUGCGUGUCUGAACCCUGGUCAGUAGCAGCGGCAGAACUAUGCGCGCAGGGCGGAAUGCGAGGCCCGCCCGCAUAUGUUCGUAGGGCGGCGCGAUACCUGCGACACGACCACAACGCGUUCCUCGUCAGAGUGUACGGCGGUGAUGAAUGCAGAGUAUCGUUCGAGCUGCUAGAGGGACCUCCGCCGCGGGCUUCGCCGCCACUCGAUUCCAGACUUUCACCUACUCAGCGGGGCAACAGUAACGGCCGCGGCAUCGUAUCUCGGACGGCCGCGUGGUCUCUGUACGCCGAGCAAUACGCCAAUCCCCACAACGUGACCGCGGCCUGCAACAAACCAGUGUUCCUAGCCAGAAACGCGAGGAAAUGCGGCCCUGGCUUCACACACAACGUGGCCACUUCUGCCCCAGGGACGGCACCUCCCACGCAUGCCAGACGCAAACCUCCAAAACUUCACGAUCACACCGAAUGCCAUCUUAGCGACGAUCUAAGACUACUAUCUUUUAGACCGAUGAGUCUGUACAGAAGCGGAGCCCUAGCGGCUGCGAGAGCGUCCCACCCGAGACUUCAUGCGAGAAGACGCGCCCGGAUGAGAGCUUGGCUAAUGCGUUAAUUAAACAGUGAAAAGAAAUGGUGUUAAAACAGUGCCCAAAUGUUAUAGAGCCGCGAGUGAUACCGCGAGUGUGUAACGGUUGUGUCGUAUCAAAAGCGAGCCGCGUUUUUCCACAAUGUACUGAAGUGAAGAGAAAUCCGCUGAGUCACCCCCGCUCAAAUGUUAAACAGUUGCCUGAUUGUGGCUUAUGUUGGGAGGGAAUAGACGAAGUCUAGGAAACAGUUGGAAAAACUGUACAGAAUGAGAGAAUGCCACCAGAUUUGGUACUGGAAUAUGCAUCAAAAAAAUAAGAAUAAUUUGGCUCUUCAUAAACUGUAAUACUAGUCGGGGAUCAUUUAUUUUAUUGGAAAACUAUGCGAUUGGUUGAUGAAUAAGCUAAAAGGCAAAUUUUUAACUUGCAGUCUGUCAUGUUUGAGAAAGACUAAAAGUCUAUAAUUGUCUCAAACCAAACUUUUAGAAACAUAACAGUUUUAGGCUUCUUUUAAAAUUUGAUGUAAGCAGAGAAACAUUUUAUAAUAAAACGAAUUGUUUUCGGUAUAUUUUGUUGUUGUUAUAGACAGUAUUUUUUUUCGUUAAAUUACUUUAAUGUUAAUGUAAAACUUAGUUUUUGAAUAAAAAGACUUAAAAGACUGUUGAUGCUAUUAGUAAUUUGGUCUGAAGCAGAUCAUUGACUAAUUGAUAGAUGAAACCUUCUAUUAUUCAUUUAAAGGAUAUCAAUAAAAUUGGUCGUCAAAGUGGAUACACAAAUAUAUGAUGAAAUUCUUCAACAAAUAAUAAUAUGAACUGUAUGAUAACAAAAUAAUUGGGCAGAAUAUUUAUUCAGAGUAUUUAUAAUUUUUAUAUUAGUAUUUUCUAAAAGUAGAUCUUGAUGGUCCAUUUGCUAUCUUCAGAUAAAUCUAAUCCAUAGAACAGCUUGAAAACAAAUCUUGUCAUUCCUGAUUUUUAUUUGUGUAUGACUAUUUACAUUUGAAAAUUAAGAAAUAAUAGUCACUGAUGGAUAACUUUAUCUGAUGAAAGGAAAACUGCCCUAUCUAAAAAAAAUAAAACUAUGCUUUUAAAAUUCAUGAAUUUCUCUUCCUAUGCUAUGUGAAUAAGAGGUAAAAUUGUUUUACUACUUUUGACCUCAGAAAUUCUAUUUUUUAAAGAAUAAUAAAAUAGAUCUGAAAUAAUACGACAGUUAACUUAAUUAAUAUCGAAAACCAGUGAUAGAUUGUGGUUUUGUUUUAUUUGUGAUAAACAUUUACUUUAUAUAAUUAACAUUACAUUUCAAUUAAAGCAAUACUAUUAUCCAUGUUAUUUUAAUGUCAUUGGUGUUGUUUGAACUCGGAGAAAACCAAGACAUACACAAAGAAUCGCAAUUUUAUUUAUGAAAAAAAACUGUUUUGAUAUUUAAACUGAGUUUAAUGUAAUAUAUUUUUUGCAUUAUGACAAAGUUGUGGGCAUUUAUUUUCGAAUAAUGUCACCAGCGAAAAUUCAUUGUCUUGUCAGUUCUGUAUUAAAAUUAUUUGAUUUAUUUGAUAGAAAUGGAAAUUAACACACUGCUGUGUAUGAAGCUGGAAAUCCAAAGACAAAUUGCUAAAAUCUCUUCAAACAAAACCUAUCUCGAAAUCUUUUGACUAUUUAUUUUUCUUUUAUUAUUACGAAAUAUUGUCUUUGGAUUUCGGCUCAGUCUCAAAGACUAGCUGGGUUGAUUAUCUCGAAUUUGAUAUGGAAACACUGGCUGACUUUAAAAAAGUAUCUUGACGCACGAAGGGUUUUUUAAACGUCGGUUUAAUUGUUUUUAUCACGUUAGUUUGUAUUUAACGAAUGUGAUAGUCUUGUUUGGGAUCUAUGAACCACGUUUUAGUGGUCUAUAGACUUUUUGACAUAGCUAUUGCACCCGCGUUUACACCGCACCACUGAGAUUGCGGGUAGAUAAUUUCCCCGCGCAUGAUAAAUUGCAAGUGAAUUAAUUACCUAUCCAGUGAUUAUAUGCUCUAAGAGUGAUUAUUGAAAUGUCUGGGAUAAAGGCAAAUUGAAUAAUAAUAAUAAUGAAAUUUGUUGAUAUGUUUCUUUUUGCAUUCCCCCAGUGGUGCGGUGGUAUUUUUUUUGUUUGUAUAAAGAUCUCUUUUUAUUAAUAAAGUACAGUGGUUUUAUGUAAAUAUUGCGAGAGUGGCCGUGAUCUAGAUUUACUGUUGCGGAACCAAUUUUGUUAAUUUGUAAAGAAAGAAAGGACUCGUCAGAAGGAAUAAAUAUUAUUAUAUUUAUAAAUGGUUUUGUUUGAUUUCUCUUAUUUUAUAUUUGUUAUUAAUUCAACCUGAGGAAAAUAAUUU